UAUACUUUUUGUAUCAAUUAUUUUUCAAGCGUUUUGGUUAAUGUUUAAUUAUAUUUGCACUUAAUCGGUUUGCAGUUUUAUUUUCACCUAUUAAUCAAUUUUCAAUUUCAAGACAUUGGAUACAAAUAUGCGUCUUUUUGGGAAAGUAACACAUUUUCUACAUAUCUCCCGAUGUCUGAGCUAUCACGCGCCCAUCUGUAGACCCCAUCGCCUGCUCCAUGGCAGCUGCAAGCAAUGGAAGAAAAUCUGCUCGAACUGCGUCUGUUGGCAACCGCCGCAGUUGGUGGAGUUUCUGCCAGCUGUGCCAACUAUGAUACAUGUCCAGUUCUAUUCGCAACGGUCGCCGGGCGUCUUCAGUCCGAACACCAAUGUAGAUAUGCUGCGCAAAAGAAUCAGCUUUAGUGGAACACCGAACGAAGCCUCCGAUGGGGCACCGAAUGUUGUGCCCGUUGGCAUUAUCAUACCAGAGGCCAAGGAUGGCAAACAACUGAAGAUUGUGAUUGUGCCAUUGGACUUGGCCAAUCAGGAUAUCGAGAGCUUGCGGAACACGCUGGAGGCGCUUAAUCAGCUACGCAUGCACGCCAAUGAGAUCGACGCCUUCACCAACAGCAUGAUCGAGGACUUUAACCAGGAAAACAAAGAAGAGACUCCUGCUAUCGAGGAGCAGCCAGCCAGUAAGGAGAAAUUAAAUUUCUUCGAGGGCUAUGUGAAGGGCAUCGAUGCUGUAGGCACUUCAGCCGCCAGUAAACAUGCAACGGAGGAGCCAGAUUCCCAGGCGGCUACUUCGGCUCUAACCACCGAUGUGACCACCGAUAUGGAGGUGACACCAAUAACGCCUAGUGUGCCAUUCACCCCGAGCACACCGAAUGCACCAAGCACAGCGCCCAACACCUCACCCGGCACAAUGCCUCAACCGAUGCCCAAUGUUAUACCCUUGGGUGAUCCAAAGGAAACCCAGAUCUGUGCCAUCGCCCAGCCCGAAGUGGAUGAAUCCCUCUCCAGCAUCGAGCCCCAUGUGGAUCAAAUCAGCAUUGAGGUGCCCGAUAGCUUGGGUCAGCGUCUCAACGAUAUGGCCAUUGCAUCUAUGCAUUUGUCCUUUGAAAUGGACAUGUCGAACGUGCGCGAUGCCAUGGUCAAUGGCGAUGCGUCCGACAAAGCCGAACCCACCUUGGGCAGCGACGCGAUGGUCUUCCUGGAAACCAAAGUUGAAGCAGAUCCAGAAAAUGCGCCCCUGCACACGGUGCCGCUGCGCUUCAAUGCCCUGAUCAAGGGCACAGUACAAAUCGAUGCCGAUAGGCUCAAUCCAGAACAAUUGACCGAAGCACAGUUGCCAGAAUACAAUGAUGCAGUCACCUCCAUUGCGGCCAGCGUAUGUAGCACGGCGCUACAGAGUGGAUUUUCUUCAGAAAAGGCUGCCGAACAACAAACACAGACUGGGGAGUCAAUGCCGACUCCCAAAGCCAAGACCGCGGCACAUGCUCGCAUGGCAAUGAAACGCAAUCAGGCAAUGAAACGCAUGAAGCAGCAUUAUUCCCGUCCCACAAUGAGUACUGUGGCUAUGCCGGAAAUUCAGAGCCCUCAUUUGAAGGAUGGAUGCAAAUUUCCUGUCAUCAAGCCAAAAAAGAAGUGCCCCAAGAAGUGCCCGCUAAUCGACGAUCCAUGCAAGGAAGAUCCAUGCAAGCGUCAACAGGAACCGAAAAAGAAGACGCAAAAAAAGAAAGCGAUUCGAACCGUCGAAAUAACGGCCAAGAGUUCCGGUGACCAAAAAAAGGAUGCUUCUGCUAAGAAAGGUGCUGGUGACAAGAAAGAUCCCUGUGCCAAGGAUGCCGGCGGCAAAGGUGACAAGGGUGGUGACAAAAAGGACCCUUGCGCCAAGUUCAAAAAGGGUGGUGACAAAAAGGAUAAGUGUGCCAAGAAGGACGAUAAAAAGAAGGAUCCAUGCGCUAAGAAGGACGAUAAAAAGGAUAAAUGUGCCAAAAAGGACGAUAAAAAGAAGGAUCCAUGUGCUAAAAAGGAGGAUCCAUGCAAAAAGAAGGAUCCAUGCGCCAAGAAGGACGAUAAAAAGAAGGAUCCAUGUGCUAAAAAGGAUGAUAAAAAAGAUAAAUGUGCUAAAAAGGAGGAUCCAUGCAAAAAGAAGGAUCCAUGCGCCAAGAAGGACGAUAAAAAGAAGGAUCCAUGCGCUAAAAAGGAUGAUAAAAAAGAUAAAUGUAAAAAGGAGGAUCCAUGCAAAAAGAAGGAUCCUUGUGCCAAAAACGGAGGCGAUAAAAAGGGAGGUAAAAAAGAUAACAAAAAGGACAAAUGCGAUAAAAAUGGCAAGGGCGAUAAGAAGAAAGAUCCUUGCGCCAAGUUCAAGAAAGGCGAUAAAAAGAAAGAGAAAAAGGAUUCUUGCAGCAAAAAAGAAAAGGAUCCUUGCAAAAAGAAGUAUUCCACAUUCACUAGCCCCGUCUCAAAAUUCUAUAAUGCCAACAGCUCGCAUUUCUCCUUCAUCCGCAACCCCAACCGCUUUAUGUCAACAGCCAUAUUUAACCAUAGCCCCGAAGUGUUCUCAGAGAAGAGUUGUUCAAAUUUAAUCCGUAAUCUGAGAUCAAAGUCACCCGUCAAAUUCUCGGUCUACUCGACUCUUGUGCGCCGGCAUUACGGCGGCAUGCCCUCCAUCACACAGAUGGGCGCCUGGGGCAUCAAUUCGCUGGAUGUGCGUGAACUAAUUCAGCGUGGCUAUAGCAAAAAGUCAAAGAAGAGUAAAGAAAUAAAGGCAAGCGAUAGCAAAUGUGCAGCUCUGGCCGACAAGCCCAGAAUAAAGAAACGCAAGCACAUAAAGGAGCGUACGAGUCUGCGUACGGAUUGCUAUGAUAAGUAUACCACCGAUUGUCCCAAGAUAUUUUGUACUGGCAAAUGUGACGAAGUUAAAUUUCCGCGAAAGAAAUGCGACAAAUCGGUAAAGAAGCCAAGAACCGUGGUGCCCAAGAAACCAAAGAAGAAGCUGCCCCCCAUAUGCUUGGUAGGUAAACAGAAGGACAAAACCGAUAAAGAAAGAAAUAAGCUUCUAACCGCGGGCGCAUUCACUCUUAACCAAAUGCGCAUGUACAGCGAAUCAGCACACAGCAAAAGGGGCUACAACUCACAGGUCAAUAAGGCAGCAUUGAAAGAGUGUCCUUCCGAUGAGGAAUUGACAAACUCUGUGAUUGAGGUCAUACGCAUACCGGCCUCGUAUCAAAUAUGUAAAGAACACCUACCGCGACCGGAGCUAAAACCAUUCGAUGUCCUUAUUAGCACGGGCUCAAUAGCACUCACUGGCUCAGAUAUACAUGUGUACGAGAAUGCAAAUCGGGAUCUGGAGGGUAUGACCUUGGGUCACGAUGCCACCGGAUUUGUGGAGCAGGUUGGCAGCUGUGUUCAACAUUUGCAUGUGGGUGAUCGUGUUGUCAUGGAAUCGGCGCUGUCCUGUGGCGUUUGUGAUUAUUGCAAACGGGGCUUGUAUAACAUCUGCGCCGAUCUGGUAUACAACGGUUUCUUGGCUACCCAUCAGUCGCAUCCGGCUGACCUAUGUCAUCGACUGCCCGAUUCCAUUAGCAUGGAGGAAGGCACUCUCACCCAAACACUGGCAAUGGGCUGUCAGGCAUGCUUCAAGGCCAACAUCUCGCCCACAAGCAAUGUAUUAAUCAUUGGUUCCAGUGCCACAGCAGUUGCGGCGGCGAUGUGUGCGGUGGCAAUUGGCGCCAGAAAAGUAACCAUUGCCGGGACCAUGGGCUCCUCACUGGAAAUGAUAAGAAAGGAAUUUGGCUUCAAUAUAAUACACUUUGAUGCAAAUGCACUUUUCGGUGAGGUACUGGAAGCCGUGUACAGCAAAUUCCAAGAAUGGCCCAAUUGUGCCAUAAACUGCGCCAUUACGCCAAUGACCAUGAAUUUGACCGUAAUGGCAUUACAGCCAUGUGGUGUCUGUGUACUAGCCGAAUGCGAAUCCGAAUGUGCCAGUUUCAAUGCCCUCGACAUACUCAUGAAGAAUAUACGCUUAAUACCGAGCUUUCGUUCCGCCAAUAUGUAUCCUACGGCCUUGCAACUUAUGAAAUCUGGUCGCGCACCAAUGCAUAAAUUCAUUGCGAAAACGUUUUCAUGGAGCAUGAUAGAGGAUGCGUUUAAAAGUGCGCAGCAUGAGUCAAACGUUGGCUUGCGAAAAAUUAUCGUUAAUAAUAUAGAAGAAACAAACAUCGGGGGGCUGUUCAAAAAAAACUAAAAUAUCAAUUAAAAGACCAAUUGAUCAAAAAUAAAAAUUUUUUGUUCUAGGUAAUGCAAAUGGCAUUGUAAUAAAAAAAUAAUAAUAAAAUUGAUAUAAUUUUUCA